AUGGCCACCUCCGACGGCGCCUCUUCGAUCACUGUCGCGGUCCGGGUGCGACCCUUCACUAUCAGAGAGGCUGCUCAGGUCUCUAAGCACGACGAUGGCCCGCUAUUCCUGGGCGAUGGAUCUCUGGCUGGUGUCCCAACUCCGAAGCUCAAUCAGAAGGGGAUUCGGUCUAUAGUCAAAGUCAUCGACGAUCGCUGCUUGGUGUUUGACCCUCCCGAGGACAACCCAGUCCAGAAAUUCUCCAGGAGUGUUGUGCCCAAUGGCAAGCGCGUCAAAGAUCAGACUUUCGCCUUCGACCGGAUUUUUGACCAAAAUGCCUCCCAAGGUGAGGUAUACGAAUCCACAACCCGGAGCCUCCUCGACAGUGUCCUGGAUGGCUACAAUGCGACUGUGUUUGCGUACGGUGCAACGGGCUGUGGAAAGACCCAUACCAUCACGGGUACCGCACAACAACCUGGUAUAAUCUUCUUGACGAUGCAAGAGCUGUUCGAGCGAAUUGAGGAAAGGUCGAGCGACAAGGCCACGGAAAUUUCGCUUUCUUACUUGGAAAUCUACAACGAAACCAUCCGCGAUCUGCUCGGCCCCAACAAUACCAAGGGCGGUCUCGGCCUCCGCGAAGACAGUAACCAAUCUGUCUCGGUACCUGGGCUGUCGAGCCACCAUCCACAGAAUGUGGGACAGGUGAUGGAUAUGAUUAUGCGAGGCAACGAAUGCCGUACUAUGUCACCCACCGAAGCCAACGCGACAUCUUCACGAUCCCAUGCCGUGCUCCAAAUCAACAUUGCCCAGAAAGACCGAAAUGCGAACGUUAACGAGCCUCAUACUAUGGCUACGCUCAGCAUCAUCGAUCUUGCUGGAAGCGAGCGCGCAAGCGCAACUAAGAACCGCGGCGAGCGACUGUUCGAGGGUGCCAACAUUAACAAAUCGCUAUUGGCACUGGGUAGCUGCAUCAACGCCCUUUGCGACCCCCGAAAGCGCAAUCACAUCCCCUACCGCAAUUCAAAGCUUACUCGACUGCUCAAAUUUGCCCUUGGUGGAAAUUGUAGGACUGUCAUGAUCGUUUGUGUCAGUCCAUCGAGCCAGCAUUUCGACGAGACUCAAAACACUUUACGAUACGCCAACCGAGCGAAGAAUAUCCAGACGAAGGUGACCAGAAAUGUGUUCAACGUCAACCGACACGUCAAGGACUUCUUGGUCAAGAUUGACGAGCAAAUGAAUUUGAUCAAUGAGCUCAAGGCACAGCAGAAGGAUUCAGAGAACGUGGCAUUUGCCAAAUUCAAGAAGCAGACGGAGAAGAAGGAUGCUGUCAUGCGUGAAGGAAUUGCCCGUAUCCGCAGCGCCUACGAGCAUGCUUCGCCUGAGCGACAAGAGAAGACAAACAACAUGCUCAAGCUGCGCCAAAUCAGCCGUCGCAUUGGGAUCUUAUCUUCAUGGAUCGCUGCAUUCGACAACGUAUGCGAGGCACGUGAGAAUGAGGAAGGAUUGGCCAACCUAUACGCGAUCCGCAAGACCGCACAGGGUAUACUCCUUGAACUCGAGGGUAGCAGGCACCACUACAACCAGCGGCUGGCUAAGAGCACAUGGGAUCAGCCCACGGUUUCGGCCGUCGACAAUGCCACCAGUCAACUUCGAGAAUUCGAUAUCAGCGAUGCCAGUGACUUUGCGAACCUCGAUAGGGAGAUGGAACUUCUCAGGUCUCAUGCAGACCGAGAGGCUAUGUCUGCAGUCGUCGAGCAAGACAAGGCCGCGGAAUCUGUUGCCAUCCAGGUUCUUUUGGAAGCUCAAUUUGAGCUUAUCUCGUCUAUCGAGGAUAUCAUGCAGCUCAAUGCUACUGACGCCAUUCAGAAGGGACGCCUCAUUCUGUCCAAGAUGCUGGAAAGCUGCAUUACAUCAACGACCAGCCUUGUACGACCUGAUGGUAGCUUGCCGGCGGUAUCCAGCACUUCCAGCCCGGCGAAGCAGCCCAAACCCGCCAGCCCUUCAAAGCCAAAGAAGCGGUUCAGUAUGCUGCCCCUGUAUCUCCCCGUCGGCGCAAAGCGGCUGCGGGUCGCAAGAAUGUCACCUUUUAGUCCUAAGAAGACCCAGGCCAAAGCUGCGAAGAGAUCGGUUCGAUGGAAGGAUGAUGAAGAUUCCCCAUUGACCGAGUUUCAAAAGACCCCUCAGAAGAACAACGAAUCUGCGGAUGACGAAGCUAGCUGCCCGGAGGAGCCCUCUCUCCCACGCGGAUCGUCUCCCAUUCCACGCAAUAUUCCUCGGGCCUCCAGCCCAGCCUGGAGCCACAAGAACGGCAACCGAUUCCAAGCCGGAUUUUUAUCUAAGCGAACAGGGAGCUCCCCACUGGCAGCGCCACCUACAUCCACACUCCCACUGUCCGACCAGGGAAGCUCGCCUCUCCGUGACAUUGAAGGGAGCAGCUUCUUAAACCGUCCGUCUCGGAUCGCCGUGCGAAGCCCGAGCGGAAACUUGUCGAGCAGUCCUUUGCCCGACAGCAAGGAGGGCUGGAAGCCUGAGAAGGAGGAAGCCAUCAAAAUCAGCUCGGCUAUGCGUCGAAUCUCUACCAGCCAUGUUGGGCCCUCAUCGACGGGUAACUCUUUGCGAGUACAUCGUCGCCGUAGCCCUGGUUCCAACACCUAUGGAUCCUCGCCAAGUGAGAACACCAUGUUCACGGCCUCCCAAGCUCGCCGUAUGGUGAAGAGUGAAAGAGAGACCGAAGCUAAGCCCAGAGUAUUCAGUCCUCACGCCUUGCCUGUGAUGAAGAGCACCAGCCGCCGAACUACUUUGGGAGGUGAUAUCCGCCCUCGCCAUGCCAGUCUCUCCAGCAGGGACGCUAAGCGUCUCAGUAUUCUAGCAACGCCAACAGUUGACCACUCAGUGCACUGGAACUCUAGCGGGCUACAAUAA